UAGACCAUAGCUAAACACGUAUGCGUGCAUGUGUGUGUGUGUAUGUGUGUGUGUGUGUAUGUAUCACUGCACACACAUCCUCACUCUGACAGAGGGAAUCUGCUCUGUACGGAACACACAGUUUCGCUUCGGUCUUUGUGUGCAUGGAAGUGUGUGUAUGUGUGUGUCUGUUUGUGUGUGUGGGUGUGUGUGAGGACCACGCUCCAACAUGUUGUGUGGACUGCGGAGAGAAGUAAAGAGCAGCUUUGAUGAUGGGCCUUACUCCAAAGGCAACAAGGAAUCUACAGGUCCUGACAGUUCCCUUGUCUCCAGAAGACAGAGCAUCCCAGAAGAGCUGCGGGGGGUGACACUCGUGGAGCUGAUUAAGAAGGAGGGCAGCACACUGGGUCUCACCAUCUCAGGAGGAACAGACAAAGAUGGAAAACCUCGUGUCUCCAACCUCAGACCAGGAGGCCUAGCAGCCAGGAGUGACCAGCUGAAUGUGGGCGACUAUAUAAAGUCAGUGAACGGCAUCAAUCUGACUAAGCUGCGUCAUGAUGAGAUCAUCAGUCUGCUGAAGAACGUGGGCGAGCGUGUAGUGCUGGAAGUGGAGUAUGAGCUGCCUCCAGCCGGAUCAGACAGCACCUCAGGUGUUAUAUCAAAGACAAUCGAGAUCUGUUUACACAAGGAAGGCAAUAGUUUUGGCUUUGUAAUGCGGGGAGGCUCUCAUGAAGACUGGCACAAAACUCGCCCAUUAGUAGUUACAUAUAUUCGGCCAGGAGGUCCCGCUGACAGAGAGGGCACACUGAAGGCAGGUGAUCGGCUCCUCAGUGUGGAUGGUGUGCCGUUACACAGUGCCAGCCACAGUGAAGCCCUUAAUGUGCUGGCACAGUGUAGCCAGGAGGCCAUCUUCCAAAUUGAAUAUGAUGUGACCAUUAUGGAUUCAGUAACAAAUGCCUCUGGCCCAUUGCUGGUGGAAAUAGCCAAAUCUCCUGGAGCAAGUCUGGGCAUCACAUUAACUUCUGCCACACACAGGAACAAACAGGUGAUCAUCAUUGACAAGAUCAAAGCUGCCAGCGUGGUCGACAGAUCAGGAGCUUUACACGUAGGUGAUCACAUCCUCACCAUCGACGGCACAAGUACAGAGCACUGCACCAUGCUGGAGGCCACUCAGCUGUUAGCCAGCACCUCAGAUGUGGCCAAGCUAGAGAUCCUUCCUGCUCAUCACAUGCGAUUGACCAGCAAAGCUCAGGACACUGUGAAGGUCCAGAAAAGCGACCACCCACAUUCUUGGGACCCGUGUGUGAACUACUGCCAUUCUCAGCAUACUACUCACUGUAAGACUUCCACAUGGAUGUCCACCUCGAGCAAUGCGUCCAGCACUCAGGACUACUGCAAAUCUGUAGUCUGCACUAAUUUCUCCCCCGCCUCCACCACUACAUCGGGCAUGACGAGUCAGUCAUCCAGCACUCUGCCCCGCACUCCCCAUCCCAUGAGCCCCCGCAACUCCAUGCUCAAGAGGAGACAGAGGAAAAAAGAGCACAAGAGCUCAUCAUCUCUCGCCUCAAGUUCAGUGGGUCCUGGAGGUCAGAUAGUUCAUACAGAGUCCAGCGAGGUCACUCUAACAGGAGAUCCUCUCAGCGGCUUCGGAGUUCAGCUGCAGGGGGGGAUAUUCGCCACUGAGACGCUAUCCGCACCUCCAGUGAUCCGAUUUAUAGAGCCUGACAGCUCAGCUGAAAAGUGUGGGCUGCUCCAGGUUGGCGACCGGCUCUUGUCAAUCAAUGGCAUUCCCACAGAGGAUGGCACGAUGGAGGAGGCCAAUCAGCUGCUCCGAGAUGCUGCUUUGACUAAUAAGGUCAUGCUAGAGAUUGAGUUUGAUGUAGCAGAGUCGGUAGUGCCCAGUAGCGGUACCUUUCAUGUGAAGCUGCCAAAGAAGAGAGGAGUCGAGCUUGGGAUCACAAUCAGUGCCAGUAAAAAGCCGGGCGAGCCUCUGAUCAUAUCUGACAUAAAGAAAGGAAGCAUGGCUCACAGAACAGGGACUUUGGAGCCUGGAGACAAGCUGCUGGCUAUAGAUAACAUUCGACUGGAGAGCUGCUCAAUGGAAGAUGCGAUGCAGAUCCUUCAACAGAGUGAAGACCUGGUCAAGCUCAAGAUCCGCAAGGAUGAAGACAACUCUGAUGAACAGGAGACAUCAGGCUCCAUUAUCUACACAGUGGAGCUGAAGCGGUAUGGCGGCCCCCUGGGCAUCACCAUCUCAGGCACCGAGGAGCCCUUUGACCCCAUCGUCAUCUCAGGCCUCACCAAGAGAGGUCUAGCUGAAAGAACAGGGGCUAUUCAUGUUGGAGAUCGAAUCCUUGCCAUUAACAACGUGAGUCUGAAAGGCAAACCUCUGAGUGAAGCCAUCCACUUACUUCAAAUGGCUGGCGAGAGCGUGACGCUGAAAAUCAAAAAGCAGAUCGAUGUGGCAGAUGAGAAGAAGAACACUAUAGAUCUUGAUAACGAGCUCAGCGAUAAUGAUGACUCGGAAAUGACGGACUCUCAGAAGACCAGUAAAUUGUCCGAGAUCUACUCUACCACCAUUCCCAGCGUAGACUCGGCUAUGGAAUCAUGGGAUGGAUCUACUAUAGAUGCUAGUUAUGGGAGCCAAAGUGGCUACAUCCAGCAGGUAGCAGGUAUCGCGUUACAUCCACAUGAGUGGCGCAGUGCCACGAACAGGAACAGCACCCCCCCUCCUGGCCACCGCAAGAAUUACCUACUGAGUGAUGGAGGAUUCAGUGAGGAGGACUGGGACAAGCAUGCUGGAUUUGCCAGCCAGACUCAUGCUGAUGGCAUCAUGCUGGACCAUGAGGACAACUUCUGGUGCCAGGCCCUGGAAGACUUGGAGACGUGUGGGCAGUCAGAACUCCUCCGUGAGAUCGAGGCCUCCAUAAUGACUGGCAGCACUGUGAGUUUGGGUGUAGAGAGCACCAAGUCUCACAGUGAAUCAGGGAGCCAGGCCAACAUCAGCCCUCUCAGAAAGAGCUCGCAUCUUCGCAAUGAGGCAAAGAGCAAGAGCACGCUACGCAUGUCAGAGAAGACCUGGGAAUCAAGGAGGAUCAAGGAGGAGAUGCAAGAGAUCCUGUCACCCACCCCACUAGAGCUGCACAAGGUGACGGUGAUUAAGGAUCCAGAAAGAGAUGAUUUUGGCUUCAGUGUGUCAGACGGUUUCUUGGAGAAAGGCGUCUACGUGAACAUGAUCCGGCCCGAGGGUCCAGCAGACCGUGCAGGACUCAGGCCGUAUGACAGGAUCCUCCAGGUCAAUCAUGUGCGAACACGAGAUUUUGACUGCUGCUUGGCCGUGCCUCUUAUCACAGAAGCUGGAGAUAAACUGGAGCUGGUUAUAAGCAGAAACCCAUUAGCUCAGCCUGGUGUUGGUCAGCCCCUCGACUGCCAUUCACUUUCAGCUCCUUUGACUCACAGCCGAGAACACAGCAACAGCACCAUGGACCUGUGACAGCACACUGACUUGGGGCUUACACCCUGAAAGGACAACACAAAUUCACCAGGAACUGCUGUACAUGCCAUUCAACACAAUCUGGAUCUUGGAUUAUAUGUUCAACAAAUGUGACCGUUUUGGAUUUCGGUUUUCAGUAAAAACAUAAGCAGUGAUUUGUGCUAAUGUUUUAAUUUUUUUUUUGUUGAACAGAACUGUGAUUAUAGUGAAACAGGAAGUGUGAACGAGCUACUAGACCCUGUCUAACACUUACAGAGUCUUCUUGUUUUCACAGUAAACAAAGAGCUACUUCUUGUCCAGCAGCAUAAAAAAAGAAAUGAUCCUGGAUGAAGGUAAAAUUUUACACCAGUGUGUAUAGUGUGAACAUUUGUUGUCUUUCCAUGAUGACCACUUCAGAAAAAAGAACAUGCCAUGCAUAACGUUUUUAUUAAACAUUGUAUUUUUCCACUAUAAAACCAAGCCAUGAGCUCAGCUCUUUGGAUAAGCAAGUUUCAAAAUUUGUUUGGCACUGACAGGCCAAAUACAACCCUGUCACAUGCUCAGUCACAAAAUCUCUCUCUCUCACACUCUCUCUCUUACUCUCACUCCCUCUUUUCUAGCCAUUCUUUCUCGCCCACUCAUACACUGGACUAAAGAGUGGACGAAAACAACGCACAAGAGGACUGCUUUCUGCAGUGAAUCAGGCUAAAUCGAAACCUAAGAAAGAUGCAGUUUGAUUUCUGAUCAAAGAUCCGACAUGACACACUGUUGAUUUAUUUGACCGAGGCGGGACAAUCAGUUGGUUUUGUUUGUACAAGAAGACAAAUUAAUUUCUUACAUCUCCAACCUCACACACCUCCUCAAGCAGUGACGUGACGAAAUAGAAACAAACACAACCCUAUUAUACCAGCAACAAUAUUACGUAAUCAGGAAAAAGAAAAAUGGACUUUGCACACACACACAGACACACACACACACCCCCACACCCCAGUGCUUGCUCUUAGAUUUGAUACUCAGAAAGGCUUUUAUGCUCAUGACCCCUUCUUAUUUGUUCUUCUCCUACAUAAACCUUUCCACAUUUUAUAGUGUUAUAACCUGUAAUUAAAAUGGAUUUAGUUGCCAUUUUUACAAUUUGAUUUACAAAAUAUAUUUAUUUAAAGGUGCAACAUCAUUUUAAUUGUGACAAAAUGUUUUUUAACCAAUUAACCAAAAAAGCAGACAUUUUUUUUGUUUACAUAUUUACUCACCCCCUUGAUCGAACCACCUUUGAUUCCAAUUCUCCUGCAAUUUGAUUGAGGUUUGGAAUUUAAAUGGGCCAUUCUAACAUAUUCCAGUUAUUGGUUUUGAACCACU